AUUGUGAAAGUAUUCGAAAUAAAAGACAUAUUCAAAACCUGAUUAUUAAUAUCGAGUGUGUGUGUGUUACAGUUGGGAUGGACAUUGAUGCAGAAUAUGAUAGUGGAAGUGACGUGGAUUCAAAAAGAAGAGCAAAAGGCAGAAAUAAACCGAAGCCUGCAGCUCGAGGAAGGAAAGCCAAGCCAGCAGAUAGCGCAGAGGAGAGUGAGGAAGAGGAGGAGGAGGCUCCGCGUAAGAGAAAAGGCCGAAAGAAGAAGGAAGAAAGUGAGGAGGAGAGUGAGGAAGAGCAGAGAGGAAGAAGAAAGAAAGCAGCAGGUUCAAAAAAGAAGGCUGUUGCAAAAGAUGACUCCGAAGAGGAGAGCGAAGCGGUGAAGGGAAAUAAAAGAAGAGGAGGGAAAAAAGGAGCAACUAAGAAGGAGAAAGAGGAGGAGAAUAACAAGGAGAAAAAGGGGAAUGGCAAAGCAGCAGGAAAAGGAGGGAAAGAUAAACAGGAUGAUAAAAAGAACAAAGGCAAAAACAGCAGCAGUUCAUCCUCGGAUGACAAUUCAGAAGAUGAGUCUAUGUCUGAGGGAGAGAUGGCCCGACUAAAAGAGGAAGUCGAGGAGAAGAAAAAGCUGAUAGCGACGCUUCGGAACAAACCCUGGCGCAUGAAGAGGAGACUCAAGUGCCUGAAGUAAAAUGGAUUUCCUUCUCAUUGUUUGUGCUGUCAUCCUGUUGGCUCUCG